AUGCCGAGUGGUACGGGUGUGUGCAGCCUGCGCGCUGCAGCUGUGCGCGUGGAGCGUUGCCGAGUGGUACGUGUGUGUGUAGCCUGCGCGCUGCAGCUGUGCGCCUGGAGCGAUGCCGAGUGGUACGUGUGUGUGCAGCCUGCGCGCUGCAGUUGUGCGCGUGGAGCGAUGCCGAGUGGUACGGGUGUGUGCAGCCUGCGCGCUGCAGCUGUGCGCGUGGAGCGAUGCCGAGUGGUACGUGUGUGUGCAGCCUGCGCGCUGCAGCUGUGCGCGUGGAGCGAUGCCGAGUGGUACGUGUGUGUGCAGCCUGCGCGCUGCAGCUGUGCGCGUGGAGCGAUGCCGAGUGGUACGGGUGUGUGUAGCCUGCGCGCUGCAGCUGUGCGCGUGGAGCGAUGCCGAGUGGUACGGGUGUGUGUAGCCUGCGCGCUGCAGCUGUGCGCGUGGAGCGAUGCCGAGUGUCUUGGUUAUAAGCCGUUUAUGAUGGCGAUUAGCAAUCAAGUUCCAUUCCUGACGUCAAUCAUUAAUACAAGGGAACGUCGAGUUUCCAUGGUUAAAAACAGAGUUCGGACCCCAAGCACAGGGUCUUUGAAUUUGGAUAUUAAACCACAGCAAACGGUGGUGGAGAGCAAGGUGGGUGCGGCGCAGAAGGUGGCGCAGAAGGCGGAGGGGUCUCCGGGGGUGCACGCGGCGUCGGGCGACGUGCCGCCCCCCGCGCCCGCGUCGCCACCCCCCGCCGCGCCGGCCCCGUCCGCCUGCGCGCUCAUGUAG